CAACGACGCACCAGACAUGGCCACAGAUCCAUACACAGACCUCAAACGCGAGGUAGAAGCGUCUCUGUCUACCAUACAUUCUCUCACACAGAAUCACCCCGAUAUAUUCCGCAAGUCAUCCUCGCCAGAGAUCGUCCAGGCUCAGGAUGAACUACGCGGAACACUCUCCAUGCUCGAGACGGAUGUGGAAGAUCUGGAGGAGAGUGUACGGGUAGUAGAGGAUAUGGGCGAGCGAUGGGGUCUAGGCACAAAUGAAGUGCACAAAAGGAGGGACUUUGCACAAAGAGUGAAGAGAGAGGUGGAAAGCUUACGGCAUAAAGUAUAUCAUCUUGGGCCAUCAAAUUCUAAAGGUAAAGGAAAGGACGGUGCUUCUGGGCGUUACCGCGAUGAGCCUGCAGAUCUCGAGAGAGGGUACGACGAAGACGAGGUACGGAGAUGGGAAGCACAAGAACAAGAAAUGUUGGUCAAGAAGCAAGACGAUACUUUGGGCAUUAUAUCAGGCACCCUCCAUACUCUGGCAAGCCAAGCGGGUCUUAUAGGGCAUGAAGUGCAUGAACAAAAUGAGAUGCUCGAUGAUCUCUCGACCAGGGUAGAACAUACAGAUUCAAAGUUGAGAAAGGUUCAACGAACGAUGGGAGACUUUAUCCGGCGUAAUGAAGGUGAGUCCUUGGAAUUCCAAUGUUACCGAAAAGAUCUGCUCACAGCGAGGGCAGAAACAAAGAGUGGAUGGUGUAUAUUGAUAUUAAUCAUUGUUCUCAUGAUCUUACUGUUACUUGUAAUUAUCACAUGAACACGCUCGUGGCAUGUCAUGUUUAUCAGUUGGAUUUUAAAUUACAAGCUCUGUUGUAUAGUUAUGCACCAAGGUGCAGAUAAAUAUCUUGUAUAUCGCGAUUCACUACACCAUUCUGCCCCAUGGCCAUUCACAUUCCUACAAAAUUGACCUGCAUAGGUUAUUAUUAUUACA